AUGGCACCUUCAAGUGGACCAACCAGUUCUCCCACAGAAGUACCAACUCAACAACCCACAGAAGAUCCACUAGCUGGCUGUCCAGAAGGGACAGUCGAACGAUGCUCCGAUGAUGAGGUCGAUGAUGGCAUCAUUAUGUGCUUUGAGCCUGAUCCUGCAGACUUUGAAGAAAUAUGUGUCCCAGUUGUUUAUGUUCCAAUCGUCUUGGACGACGAAAUAGCUGAAUGCGGCCCUUGUCCUACAUAUCCACCUACAGAAAUGCCAUCUGAAGGCCCCUCCAUGAGCCCCACUACAGCAGCCCCGACAAAUCCACCUACAAAAACCCCAACAGACCCCCCUACUCCUUCACCAACAGAGGAUCCAACAAUCAACACAGAUCUCCUCCCCUUUUUUCCUCCCUCUCUUCCUCUCUCCCCUUCUCUUUCCCCCUCUUCCUCUUAA